GCUGCGGCUCCUCCCGCGGGAGAGAACUGUCAGCGCGCGGCGGCGGCGGCGGGCCAGCAUCGUCAUAUGACCGGCCGGCGGCCCCGGCGCCGAGCAGACUCCCGCCGCCGCGAUGGCCCCGCCGCCGCCCCCGGCCGCGCGCUGAGCCGGCCGCGCGCCGCGGGAGCCGCAGCCGCGGCGUCAUGGCCCCGACCCUGCUCCAGAGGCUCUUCAACAAGAAGGGCGGCGGCAGCUCCGCGGCAGCGGCGGCCCCUGGCCGUGCGCCUCGAGAGGGACCUGCCUUCAGUUGGUCAUGCUCGGAGUUGGACCUGAAUGAGAUUCGCCUGAUAGUUUACCAGGACUGUGAAAGGAGAGGCAGACAAGUCUUGUUUGAUUCUAAAGCUGUGCACGAGAUUGAGGAGGUGGCAACUCAGAAAACAGAGGACGUUGCCGGGAAAGCUUCAGCCAAGUGCUGCCACAGCAGCGGUGGCAGCCUCUCUUCCCACGGUGCUCCUGGGGGCUCCUUCCAGCACACCAAGGAGCAGCUCCCCAAGUACCAGUACACACGGCCAGCCUCCGACGUCAACAUGCUGGGUGAGAUGAUGUUCGGCUCUGUCGCCAUGAGCUACAAGGGCUCCACCCUGAAGAUACACUAUAUCCGCUCUCCUCCACAACUGAUGAUUAGUAAAGUCUUCUCAGCCAGAAUGGGCAGCUUCUGCGGGAGUACAAAUAACCUGCAGGACAGCUUUGAAUACAUCAACCAAGAUCCUAACUUGGGGAAACUGAACACAAAUCACAACAACCUGGGUCCCUGUCGGACAGGAAGUAACUUAGGUGUGCUGCAGGGAUGUGGCAGCAAGCUGUCACGGGGGGCGGCCGAAGGAGGACCACUCCCGCUCAGCCGCAGUGCCUCCUUCUUCGCAGCGCACAGCACUCCAGUGGACAUGCCCAGCAGGGGACAGAAUGAAGACAGGGACAGCGGCAUCGCCCGAUCAGCCUCCCUAAGCAGCCUUCUGAUCCCACCUUUCCCAUCUCCAAGUUCCUCCACGUCCUCGUCCAGCAGUUAUCAGCGCCGCUGGCUUAGGAGCCAGACAACAAGCUUGGAGAACGGCAUCUUUCCCCGGAGGUCAACUGAUGAGACAUUCAGCUUGGCUGAGGAAACCUGCAGUUCCAACCCUGCCAUAGUUCGGAGGAAGAAGAUUGCCAUCAGCAUCAUCUUCUGCCUGUGUGAAAAGGAAGAAGCGCAGAGGAAUUUCCAGGACUUCUUUUUUUCUCAUUUCCCCCUAUUUGAAUCUCACCUGAACAGGCUGAAGAGUGCAAUUGAAAAGGCCAUGAUCUCCUGCAGGAAGAUAGCUGAGUCAGGUCUCCGUGUCCAGUUUUAUGUCAGCCGUCUGAUGGAAGCUCUGGGAGAAUUCAGAGGGACCGUCUGGAGCCUGUACUCUGUUCCGAGGAUAGCGGAGCCUGUGUGGCUCACCAUGAUGUCCAGCACCUUGGAGAAAACCCAGCUAUGCCAGCGCUUCCUCAAGGAAUUCACCCUCCUGAUAGAGCAGAUCAACAAGAACCAGUUUUUUGCUGCCUUGCUGACUGCAGUGCUGACCUAUCACCUGGCCUGGGUCCCGACCGUCAUGCCCGUCGAUCACCCUCCCAUCAAGGCCUUCUCAGAGAAACGCACCUCUCAGCUGGUGAACACACUGGCCAAGACGCACCCAUACAAUCCUCUGUGGGCACAGCUGGGCGACCUUUAUGGAGCCAUCGGCUCUCCUGUGCGGCUGACCCGCACAGUGGUGGUGGGGAAGCAGAAGGAUUUGGUCCAGCGCAUACUUUACGUCCUGACCUACUUCCUCCGCUGCUCAGAACUGCAAGAGAACCAGCUGACGUGGAGCGGGAACCACGGUGAAGACGAGCAGGUGCUAAAUGGAAGCAGUAUCACGACGGCCCUGGAGAGGGGGGAAGUGGAGGAGUCCGAGUACGUGGUGGUCACGGUCAGGAGCGAGCCUGCCCUGCUGCCGCCCAUUCUGACCCCGACGGCGGCCGAGGGACUGGCUGGGGCCCAAGCGGGCACCGACAUCAAAGGCCCAUGUCCCAAAGUCGACGGAGAAGGAAGUCGGGGCCCCGGGCAGAGUCCCGCGGACUCCGGUGCUUGGAGAUCUCAGGGCAUGUCGUGCGGGGAUGAGGAGAGUCAAAAGGAGGACCCCCAAGGUGGCUCUUCGAGGCUCCCCAGCUGCGCGGGUCUGGGGCCAGGACUGAAGAUGGGUGAGGAGGUGAGAGCAGAGCUGCCGAAGAUGCUGCCGGACCGAUCCGGGGCCCGGCCGUGCCCAGAUGCUCAUUCCCGGGAGAGGUCGCCCUGGGAGAAGGUCACCUUCCAUAUCGGAAGCUCCGCGUCUCCAGAGUCGGACUUUGAAAGUCGCACCAAAACCAUGGAGGAGCGGCUGCAGGCCUGGUGCGUGGAGCCCUCAGCCUGCCCUGGGUCGGCUGCCGACGAUUCAGCCCUAGGGGCCCAGGACCAGCCGGCUUCCAGGUGCUCCUGCGCGCCCCCCGGGGUUCUCCCGGCAGCCUUUGCUGGCAGCAGCGGAGGCUCUGUGGAGGCUCGCAGUGUCAGGACCGAGGUCGUGGCGGAUGCUGCGGGGCUGCCCAGCGCACCUGCCGGCUGGUGUGCAUCUGUGGGUUCUGCCCGCGCGCGGGGGAGAACCUGGGGUACGCGGGGGAAGAACACCGAGGGACCUGUUCCCGAUGGGGACGCCAGCAGUCAGGCCAGCUUCAGAGUGGAAGGAGACAUCCCCAGAAACGAAAGCUUGGACAGCGCCCUCGGGGCCAGUGACGACGAGGCGUGCGCUUCAGCCUCGCUGGAUCUGGGUCCCAGCAAUCGUGAAGGUGACCUUGACGGGCCUGAAAGGUCUCUGGAGGUGGAGCUGCCGCUGCCCAGGUCUCGGAGCAUCAGCAACCCCAACGUGAGAAACUUUGGCCGCUCUCUCCUGGCGGGUUACUGCCCCACAUACAUGCCUGACCUGGUGCUUCAUGGGACCAGCAGCGAUGAGAAGCUGAAGCAGUGCCUGGCAGCUGACCUGGUCCACACGGUCCAUCACCCCGUGCUCGAUGAACCUAUUGCCGAGGCAGUCUGCAUCAUCGCAGACACGGAUAAGUGGAGUGUCCAGGUGGCCACAAGUCAGAGGAAGGCAGUAGACAGCACGAAACUCGGCCAGGAUGUCCUGGUCUCGAGUCAGGUGUCCAGUCUACUCCAGUCCAUCCUGCAGCUGCACAAACUUCACCUCCCUGCCGAUUUUUGCAUCAUGCAUCUUGAAGACAGACUGCAGGAGAUGUACCUUAAGAGUAAGAUGCUGUCUGAAUAUCUCCGUGGACACACACGUGUCCAUGUGAAGGAAUUAAGUGUCGUGUUGGGGAUCGAGUCCAACGACCUGCCUCUGCUGACAGCCGUCGCCAGCACUCACUCUCCUUACGUGGCCCAAAUACUGUUAUAAGCUAACACUCAGGACAGCUCUUCCUCGGAGGAAGUAAAACCUGAUGCUCAGCUGAAGGAGGGAGAGGGCAGACCCCCUGGGACGAUGCAGUGUGAGCAGAGCAGAGCAGCGGAAGCGAUCAUUCCAGUUCUGGGCUGUGUCUGUUGUGUCGCUGUCCAGGGGUGCCUGUUGGAAGACUAUGGUUUACUGUCCUGAGCACAUCAGGCCUCUGUCACCCUGGAGUCAGCAGGGGGCAGCCUUCCAGCUUCUUGCAGAGGAAGCAGAACCCUGCGUGGAUGCCCAGCUGGGGGUCUAGAUAGCCUGUGUUUGGACACAGCGGUGACAAGCGGCCUCAGAGCAGGGCUGAACUACGCACAUACCAUUCCAAUAGGAAUUGUUUCACAGUUAAGCACGAGCUCUCCAAACUGGAGAAAGCUAUCCCGCUAUCCUGAGGAACUGGCCAGGGCAGGGACCCUGGACACCAGGUACAGGGGUGGAGUGAAGACAGCGCAGGUGCCAUCUUCAGCUCCGGUGGCUUUGGUGUCACCGUCUAAUGUAAAACAUAGGUGGCCUGGCUGGGAGGCCAGUCUUCUCUGAGUUUACCUUGUUUGACUGCAGGCCCCGGCAGGCUAAGGGUGGAUUGUUGGUGCAAUAAACCCAAGAAUCAAUGUAGCAUUUGGAUCCCAUCAAGGUGAGGUCUGUGGCAGCCACAGGCACCACCUGACCCCACGUGGCUGGUCCCGAUGCUUCAGGGCUUUCAGCAGCCUUUUCACGAGAGGCCAUUUACCAAAGUUAUUUGUAUAAGCUCAAGAGAGUUUCUGUUGCUAAAUUCUUCCAGCUGAGGUUACCCCCUUCCUAUAAUAUUUAAUACAAAUGACUGUUUAGACUUUAAAAGGCACAGCUAUCCAGGUGGGGAAGAAAACCUGCCACCAUUCAGGACAAGUCAUGAAAGUAAUUAGUUUGAACGUUCAUAAACAAUUCAUAGAUGACCUAAAUUUUUACAUUAUCAUUUCUGUCUCUUCCAAUCCCAAUGUUCUUUUCAAAACACCUUUCCAGAAAUUGACCCAUAGUAUAAAACCUGCCAAAAUGAAGAAUUGUUUGUUUUUUAGCAUCAUUUGCUUUCUUUAAAAAAACAAAAACAAGCAAGCAAGAACUUGAUUUUAUGUUGACAUAAAAGAAACUUGAAUUUAUUGACCAACCAUGAAGCAGACAAUAUAUUGACAUCCAGGGUAAAGGAAAAGACUUUUUGAUAAAUGGAUCAUUAAAAGGCAGGAGCUGACCUCGUACAGAAAACAGCAUCCUACAGGUCUUGAUAGUUCACUAUAUAACCAGGCGCUGAUUUCCUCCACUCCUUUAUGAAUUGAUUCCGGCCCUUUCCAUGUAGUCUUUGCACCUAAGAAUAUGAAACGACUUCCCUUUCAAGAUUUAGAAUGACUUCAGAUUUUCUAGUUGAGAAAAUCCUCAUCCCAAACAUCAGGUUACAUAAGGCUAUGUCUGUAAUUCUUUUACAAGUGCAAGUUAGUUAUUUGUUUGAAAGUGCAGAGCAGCAGAACCCAUGGAGAAGAAAAGGUGUGUUAUUCCUUUUUUUUUUUUUUUCUUAAUGGCCCCACCUGCGGCAUAUGGAAGUUCCCAGGCCAGGUGGUCGAAUCCGAGCCAUGGCUGCAACCUACACCACAGUUGUGGCAAAGCGAGAUCCUUAACCCACUGCACCACAGCAGGAACUCUGGCUGUGUUAUUUGUUAAGAAAGAUUCUUAGGAAUAGAACUGCUGCCUCCCCCUGUUAUUUACCAUGUGAAAUGGAGAUGGGUGCAUUGAGGCUCUUCUUUUAAGGUCUUUAAUUUGUACUUUUCUGUCUUUUAACAAAAUUAACAUUGUCCGUUUGUCUGUGUCUUUCUGUUUGCUCUUGCCCAACACCUAAGAUUGGUGUUUGGAGUCCCCGGUUCUGUGACACCAUUGCUGUUGUCCUGUUCACGGGGAGCGGACCUCACCUGCGGCUGCACUCGUCCCUCAGUCAUGUUCCAUUGCGUGUGACCCUGUUGUGACAAGUGACGUCACAGCGUCCCCUCUUGCACCAGUUUCAAGCAUUCCCCCAUCUCUGGUUCCUUGUCCUUGUUUACACAUUCUGGGCACUUUCCUUCAUCUGCCACCUUCCAGAGUUUGUAGAAAAUGAGAUAUAAAAUCAGUUCUUUUCUUGUGGGCACAUAGUGGCCUGUUGAAAAUUAGACCCAAACCGGGGGACGUUGAGCUUUAUGUGGCCAAUCCUGAACUCUGUACCUGAAAGACUGGGCCUCAAAGUGGGAGGAGACUGGCUCUGCCUCGUCACCUGCUGUCCCAGGCUCCCCUGGAAGGGGGCCACCUGGGGAUGCCGCCUCUGUGACCUCAGGACCCCGGGCAGCCCCAGUCCUCCCGGCUGCUGCCUGCACCACAGACCAGGAAUGUCACUGCUCUUCUAUAACCCUCCUCUGAAGAACACUCCUGUGUUCCUUCCGCUAAACUCAGCAUCUUCCCCAAAGCGGGAACGCAAAGGAUCUCACGGGUCACUUCGGGAUGUACCCUCGCACACCAGACCCCACCCAGGCGGUGGCUUCGUUUGGUCUCAGCCCAAGAGGCAAAAAGGGACCCGCCCCUCAGCCCAGGCCCACCUCAAGGAAAAAAUAAACAUGAAAAAAAAAAAAAA